UAAAAUAUACAAAAGCUUCUCCUAAAACUCGUGUACCCUACAUUGAUUAAACUACGGUAAAUAUGAAAAGUAUUACUUUAAACAAAUAGGAUUAGAUAAAUAUUAUAUAAGGAGGUGCCACCAAAAAGAGCUUGAACUAAAACAAAGUCACAUAUACCAGCAAAACUGCUCGCGAAGAAUCAAGUUUGGAAUAGUCAUCAAUGGAGUAUGCUGUUGAGUGAUUGUCGUUCGAAUUCUGGCUUAAACGAUGCUCGAAUUGAUGAAACCUUCGAUACAAGAAGAGUACCGUAUCAUAAAAUAAUAGAAAGCUGAUUAAUAAAAGUUUUUUUAUCCUAAAAGGAAAACCUACAUUCUCGCGAAACGAAUACAAAAAGUGUGAAAUCUUCUAUUGUUUUUAGCAUAGUAUUGUAGAUAUUCAGCUAAUGGUUUAGAAGCUUGACGUACAGCCAACUGAAAGAAUCAUAACCUAAUCACUAGAAGCAUCUCUUUUUAUUUAUCCACUAUAAAAAUUUGUCAAUUCCUUCGGUAAACUUACCGCUAUAACUCUUCCAAACGGUAGCGGCAUUUCAACAAUAAUCUGAUUAUCAUAUCUGAUUGCGACGAGCUUACCAGUACUGAAUAGGCAUGUCAUAGUAUCCAAUGAAUUUAGAAGAACCCGCUUUACCACGUAGCAAUCGAGCUAUCAGCAGAGAUUAUCUUUCCAAAAUAAAACAAUUAGAAACAGCGCACAAACAAUGUGUUAAAAAGUGUACAACUAAACUGGAACGAAGUCAAUUAAUUGACAAACAUAAAAAAGAAAUCCAGGUUUUGAAAAAUGCUAUGGAUAUCGAAUUGAAGCGGAAGUGUUGUGACGUAUCCUCAAAUCCUUCCACUCUAGAAGAAUCAAACAAUAAGCAAUCUGAAACCUGUCAAAAAACAUCAGAUGCUCUUCAGGUACUACACCCGGAAAAUGAGGCGCCUUUAUUUUAUAAAUCCAAAAAUAUUUUAACUGAAAAAAAAAAAAAAAAAUUGGAAAAACAACUUGCAAAGUCAAAUUCAAUAAUUGUUUCAGGAAAAUCUCUCUCCGAUGGAUUAACUUCAAGACAAGCAGAAGCUGAAAAACUUGGCGAAAUCAUUAAACAAGAUGGUCUUCGUAUAUAUUCAAUAGCAGCUGAUGGACAUUGUAUGUUUCGAGCCAUUGAACAUCAACUUAAAUUGAAUUUUUCUGAAAAACUAUGGGACUAUAAAACAUUGCGUACAAAAGUUACGGAAUAUUUACGAGAAAAUAAAACAACGUUACUGCCUUUUUUUUUUGAUUCGUCUGAUAAUGCAAACGAGUACGAUGUUCACUGUAAUGGUAUUAGUAAGGAUACAUGGGGAGGCGAACUCGAGUUACGCGCAUUAGUCAAUAUUUUAAAAUAUAGUAUUCAUAUUUAUUCGGUUUCACCUCCCUAUAAAUUAGUUUACACGCCAGAUCAAGAUAACGAUUCACCAAAAUCUAAUACUAUUUUACGACUUUCAUUUCAUAAGCAUGAAUAUAAUUCUGGACCACAUUACCAUUCUCUUGUUCCCCUAUGAGGAGAAAACGAUUGCAAAGUACCUGAUAAACCAGUGAAACAAAAACAUGAAGUACUAAGAUUUAAUGUUAAAAUAAUCUUUCUGUUGAUUAGAAAAUCGGAAAGUGUUUUAAGAAAUCUUUUUUACUUAAACCCAGUGUUUAGGAGAAUAUAUAGUUUAUCAUGUUAUUAUAAAGGACACAACAUUUUUGAUAGUUACAUGUAAAAAUACCCUUAUAAAAAUCUUUAGUGUUAUUUUCAUACAAAUACCAAAAAAUUCAUGGCACAAAAGGACCGUGAAAAUUUUUUGUCUCCGUUGUUUGAUGCUAUACAUGUUUUAAACACGGAGGGAAUCAUUCCACCCAACCCAAAGGCACCUCUAUUUAGUGAUUUGAUUAAAGCUGAAUUUUUACUUCCGUUUUCUUUGCAAAAAAAAAAAAAGUUAUUAGACUACGAUGAGUGGUUUCCUACCGUUUCGCCGCAACGCCAGAUCAAUAUUAUGCGUAAUCGUGAACUACAUGAAAUAAAGCAGUUAAAAGCCACAAAUUUACGGAAAGAAAAAAAUCGGAAUCACGAUCAUUUUCUAGAUUCUUUGUUGGAUAUUAGUUCUGUCGUACUUCAACCCCUGUAUAAAUGUAUUUGUAAACGAAAGAGUAUUACAGUACGCUUGUGUGAAGGACGGAAAACUUCAAAUUGUUCCAAUUUAAAAACAUUAACGGGUGUUCCUUUUAUUGUGACAAGAUUUUGGGAUAUGUUUAUAUCGACUAAAGACAGCAUCAUUUUCAUUAGAUAUUAUGAGGUCAUAGUGCUCUGGUUGGCGUUAAUAAUUUAAAAGAAGUCACGUGUACUUUAGUAUUAUACAGUUGUUGUUAAGAUGUAUUUAAUUCAGCAACAUGAGAAUAUAAAAAAAAAGUGAUAGAAAUAAUAAGUUGUGCCUCUGUUUUUUUUAAUUCAAGAAAAAAUUUUAAAACUAUAAUUUAUAAUAUCAAACCUAGUAUGUUGUAACGUUUUGAAAGGUUUCUAGGUAAAGAUUUUUUUAAUAGAUUCUAUUCAACUGAUUCAAAGUGUUUUCAUAUAAUUACAGUAAAGCUUACGUGAAUUGCAAAGCUUUUGAAAAUUUUUGACGUAGCAGAGG